UGUUCCCAGAAUUCGCUCGCGAACCACGGUGAACGAUCAAGAGUCGAACUUGACUUUGAUGAUUAAGGUGGCUGCUAUUUUCGUUCGACAGUUUUCAUAAUUCUGUUUGAUGGAUUGUUCAAAACUGAAUAUUGAUGAUAUGGAACAAUUAAAUCUUUGAUUUCUUUUACUUUAACUGAUUCCGAAGAAGGUUAACAAAUUGAGAUGCAUUUUUGCCAUGGAACCUCGACAGUUGGAUUAUUAAGUAGAGUUGGAUAAAAUGUUUUACCUGAAAACAGACGUAAUUAAGGAUACAAACAAAACAAUCUGCGACCAACCCCACCAGCUCUCCCUCGAGAUAACGGGAGAGACUCAUCCUCUUCUCCCCGAGUUGCUGAUCGGUUCACCACCAUGGAAAAACAUCGUCCAAUCUGGGCUAGGGGUCUGACCGCAACGGAACUGGACCAGCGACAGGAACAGGCCCGGGUUAAGAACCACGGCCAACAAGUACUCCUCGAGUCCAAGCUAGGGAAACUGGACCUGAGAGAGAAACGCUCUGUCAAAGACAUCCGACGGAAGACAGAGAACAUGCUGGAACUUCUGCAGAAUAUCCAGUCCUCGACGCUGAGGCUAGGCCCGUAUGAUAGACCAGGAUCGACGACGACGACCUCCGGAGGGCUUCGUGACCCCACACCACAGCCGGAAGACAAGGCGCGGCUGAUGCCUCUGGGUCACGUAUGGGAGGAAUCAUCAUCAAGCGGAGAGAGCCCAGAAUACGACGACGAUUCCAUCUCGUCAAGGACAUCAGCCUCUGACUUUCAUUUGCCACGGUUGCAGUCCGCGAACCCGGCAACUCCAAAGUUCAACACACGUCGACGGUUCAGCGCGAAUGACGCCUUGGCACAGUCACUUAAACGAUUCAAUGCCUACAAAUCAAAUCUGGGUAGAUUUCCGUCGACCGAGGCCAUAGAUGAGAAUGAUAAUGUUGUUGUGCGACCACCGAGCACCUCGAAGCAGAGUCGUAGAAAUUCGCAGCAGAGAUUACAUGUGGAAGACGAUGAGGUGAACUGUGUAGGGUCAAGAUCCCUCUGUAGUUCACGGAGGGAUCUUGAGUCCAUCUCAAGUCAGGGCGAUGAACGACCAUCACGCGUUAGCUUCAAGAGUCAGAGUGGCAUUUCUUCUUUGAGACAGUUAUCCGAAGGCAUGGCUGUUGAUGGUGGUAUCCGCAAGGCUGAAGAAGACCAGGACUCGCCAAAUGACGAGAUAGACGCCAUUAACUCAGCCAACAAGAACUCGUCGACGGCGCCGUUCAUUUCCCGCAGUUUGUCAGUCUUGGCUCCAGAAUUCUUGCCAAUCAUCAGGGCUCAGACUAGAAGUGGAAAACGACCCGACAAGGAAGACGAUCACGAAAAUGAUGACGAUGAUGUCAACGAUGAUGUCGGAGAUGUGUCCAUCGUCGUUCCCUUCCAUCAUAAAACUGAACGAUCGUUAAACAUGGCGAGGCGGCAAUCGUUGGCGAUGAAACCGGCAACGUUCAGAAACCUGGACAUUCGUCGGAAGUCGUCCCCGGACGUCCUGGCGUCGACGAUCACGCUGAACCAGAGGGUACUUCUCCGAUCGAGACAGAUGCCUACCAAGAGUCUUCCAACCUCUCCCAGGUGGAACAGAAGUGACAACGUCGACUUGCAACUGAAGAUCAAGAACUUUCUCGAUAAAACAGAUUCCUUCAUUCAGUCUGGGGAACGAUCGCAGAGAGAAGAUGAAUAAUAAUAUUGUAGGUCAUCUUCAAAACAUGGUUCCGCUCUCUUUCCACCUCUAUUCUGUCUAUUUUAUCUUUUUCUCUCCCUGUGUAUAUCUGCCUGGGUCUCUCUUUCUCUCUCUCU